GGGGAGGAGGGGUGGGCAGCUCCUGGCAUCUUGGAAAAUACAAUGGCAAGCAGCGCACUAACAGCAGCCGCGGGUCCUCUAUCUCCGGUACAAGCAAUCUGAGUUCCACUGCCCAAGGCGGCUCGUCAGCCCUGUCUCCACCAAACCAAGAAUUAUCCGUCUGCUCAGGUCGCUCUCUGCUGUCCAUUGGAAGCAGCUUUCUGUAUGAGAGGGCAAUUUGUUCCUAUCCCCUAGCGUGCACGCACUCACACACACAUCACCCAACGUUUUGCACUUCUGCUCUUGUCCCAGUUGUGGUAUGAGACGACGAGGUUAGACAGACAGACAGCAGCUCUCCGGGGACAAGGCCAGCGGCUACUGUUUCUGUGUGGGCUGUGGGUACUCCCCCUGCCUGCCGGCUCGGGAGGCUUGGCCUGGGCUACUCUUCCAGUCUGAGACGGACGGCUGGAACCAGAAGGGGACUCGAUUCCUCAUCUGGGAGGAAUUAAGGAGAAGCAACAGGAUUCCCUCAAAGAAGGGCCAACAAGGACGAUGUUGCACAACAGUGCUCACAGGAGCGCCCUUGACAUAAGGAGAGACCCUAUGACUUUGUAGCAGAAAUCGAAGCGUCCCGAGUGGGUGGAGACAGUUCACUAAGAGAGGACGUGGGGCUCUUGUCCAGGAUGAGUUAUAGCAUGCCCUCUGUACACGAUUUGUACCGCAGCACCACUGCCACCUCUGUGCCAGACCCAGCGUCAACCAUGGACAGGGCUCUACCAGAAACUGCUACCGUAAGCCCUGAAACCACCAGCUUUAACAGCACCAAAAUCCCAGAUGUGGUCAGCAGUGGGCCCAGCCUAAGCACAAUGCUUCUCUCAUUUGGAAUCAUUACUAUGAUUGGGUUGGCUGUAGCAAUGGUUCUCUAUAUCAGGAAGAGGAAGAGGUUAGAGAAGCUGCGGCACCAGCUCAUGCCCAUGUACAAUUUCGACCCCACAGAAGAGCAGGACGAGCUGGAACAAGAGCUGCUGGAGCAUGGGAGAGAUGCUGCAUCUUCCCAGGCCACCCAGAGCAAGAUCCUCCUGAUGAGCCAGGGAACCGUCCAGAGACCCAGCCGCCUUGUGUUCACAGACGUCGCUAACGCUAUCAAUGCGUGAAUGACACCUGCCCCUGCUUUGGAUCACGCUGAGAUCGGGGAGGACGGAGCCAACCAGUUACAUACCACAAGCAUGGAUGAGGAUACCGAGCUUACCGACCACCCCAUCAGUUUGUGCUGUGACUGAGGAGCAGUUCUGGGCAUUUACACACUUCAGGCAGCAAAUGCUUGGUGGUGGCUGGCUGCAGCAACUUUUGGUGCGUCCGUCGCUACCAAAGGGCCCUGAGCUGCCAUGCUCAGAUUUCAGGAGCGAUCCUGGUUAGUGCCGUCUUACCAAGCUGUGCAGGGUUGAAGAUAAACUGUCUUGAAGCUAAAUCGGUCAGAACACAGGACCCUACCAAGUCAUGGGAUCGUGGCAGGGGUGGGAGCACUUGUUUUGAAGGGCUUUCCCAGUGGUUUUAUACCAUAACAUCUCAUGGUUGGAGUCCUGCAGUGUAAUCUAAUGGUUUCCACGGAGCUUUAGCGGGUGCCUGGAGGCAACUUAAGCCUCCUUGAGCUGGAAGGCAGUGCAGCUGUGCCUGUCUCCUCGGCAGUGCACAUGAUAUUAUCCCAAAGGCAAGCUCAUCUGUCUUGCCUCUUGUGCUGCCUGGAUUGUUCAUAAACACACUCACGGGGUAGCACUCAAAGAUUCCUUGUGGUCUUCCAUUGGGUUUUGGUAGCACUGGAGUUUCACUAGUUUUAAAGGUGAACCAAAGAGCUUUGGAAAAAUAAAUUGAUUACAUAAAUCUAAAGAGAGGAAAUGGUUGAAUGUCCCAGAUCAGUGAUGUAAUAAGAAUGUAAGGACAAGCCAUUCAGCUCGUAGAAGCUGGGACCUCUCAUCUCCCUCUGUAGAGCUCCCUCUGGCUUAGCUAGGAGUGGCAGUGAUUGGUGACCGGAUACCACAGUGGUAGAAUUAAUAUAAUAAUAAUAAAUAAAUGGGAUUGGAUGUAAUCCCAUCCACUCCUGUGCUUUGGCCAAGGAAGAUGGUUCUUACAGAGCAAAGUUUUCUGAGGGAAGAACAACACUUUGAGGAAGUCUGUGUGUGUGAGAGAGAGAGAGUGAGAAAAUAUAGGACAAAUACAUUUCAGUACAUAAUAGUCAAAAGUGUGAUCCUUACUUAUUUACCUGCCAGAACCUGGAUUCAGGGUUCUUUGCUUCUCCUGCUGAAAUAGAUGACCCCAUCUAAAGCAGUGUACAGCGUAUAAGAAAACGCUCUGCUUUAUGUCUCAGUCACAUCAGCCAGCAAUGCAGAAGAAAUGCAAAAUCUUGAACUUGGGUCUUGGUAGGUAAAAACAAAUCCUUUUGGUUCACCUUUAUCACUGGUGCACUUCUCUCUCAGCUGUGUCAUUAACUGAUGGGCGAGUGCUGAAGAGGAAGCUCCUGGGCAAGAGUGCUGUUAUGGUGCCUACCAGGCCCCCACUGCAACUGGCCAACUUAGGACACUGCAGUAUGGAGCUGGCACUGUAAUAAGCAGAGCUUUCUGGCAGUCACCAAGAGGAAGUGCAGUAUGGCCAGGCACUGCAGGGAGAACAUCAAAAGCAAGUAGCAGGACCUAAGCAAUGAUAGUAGGAAAGUGUAAAAACAGGCUGUCUGUAAGUUUCCCUUCACCCAUGUCCCCCAGCAGAGCCAGAUCAUAAGACAAUUGUAAUACCAGGUGAUGGGUCUGUACCUAUGGAUCUAUAUAGAUAUAGUCAAGAGAUCCAGCUGUCCCACCAAUAAGUUUGAGACCUGAUGUAUGCAGCACAUGCAUGUGUCCAUCACAGUUGAUGCACUGAUUAUCUAUUGAUUUUCCUUCAGCACAUGCAUUUGUCAAACAGAACUGCCUUCUGCCCAGGUGCUCCAGAGCAGAGAGAGCCAACUACAUGACUCUCAAAGUAAAGAGCUCUCUUUAAAUUGGCAGCCAAAAUCUGAAUGCAUACCUAUAUUUAGAAAGUGGGCAUUAUGCAAAGAGGCAGGUGACUGGCUGUCAGAGUGUCCAGUAGUUUGGGUAUUCAUCGAACUGCACAAGUCAGGACUUGCUGGUCAGCGUACCCGCCCUCAAAUCAUUUUCUGACAAAUUUCCCCCUUUCAUAUGUGCACAUACCUUUCCUGCUUAUGGGCCCGAUCCUGCAACCCCUUCUCAUGCAACUUGUCCUUACCCAGCAGAGUAUUCACUGACUACUCACCUGCAUAAGACUUUGCAGGACUGAGCCUUUUGGGAGGUUUAUUUUUUUUAAACUUCCCCUCCCUGUUAAAAGCUUGAGGAUUCUUGGAACCUGUUUGAUCCUGGAGUCUGUAGCUGCCUUUGGGAAAAUGGCCCUCAGCUCAUAGCCAGAAGAAAACUGGAAUCUACGAAAAGGCAUCCCAGCACCUUAGCUACAGGCUGCCAUUAGUGUUCCCACUCCAAAAGGAUUGCUUACAACAGGGUGAGGUGUAUGGAAAUAAGCUUGAUCCUCAGCUGGUGUAAUACAGCCUAUCUCUGCUGGGUUUGGUGGACAUUGUCAAUGGCCCAGAUCCAUAAACGUAUUUAAGUGCCUAAUUUAAUGGGAGUUAGGUGCUAAUACCUUUGAGGUUCUGAGCCCUGGAGGCUUCAAUGCAGCUACACUGAUUUUACCCCAGAUGAGAAUCUGAACCAAACACAUCACAUACUUUACUCUGCUUUGGGAGAACCAUCAUCUCUUUCUAUUGGCUCAGAAAUGGCUUCCAGCAACUGAGUUGUCAGAUUUCUCCCUUGUAGAUUUCAGCUGUUGCUGUAAGGCCCACUGGGGCUUGGCAGGCCUUAGGGCUUCUGAACUAUUUGAAAACUAAACAACAUUGGCUUUUUUCUUUUUAGGGGAACAUUUUUCAAGACUCCUUAUCACUGACGUGAAUUUUUUUAAUUCUUUGAUUCAAUACGCAAAACGGUAACAGGAAGUAUUUCCUAAAAGCAACAAUAUGCUUUGCAAAGCGCUGUGAACCCCUUCCUUGCAUUUCUCAGGCAGUUGCUGAGUGAUGCACUUACUGUGUAUCCAGAACGAAACCCAUACCUUGUCAUGUAUUAGGGGUAAGACCUAUAUUAUAUAAUAAAUGGACAGAAUUCCACUCAGAUUCAAACAGUUCUCUUAUAUAAGGGGGCUCUGUCCUGUGCUGGGGGCCGUUGAAUCAAUGUAAUACAGAUAACAAGACUAAAAGAAUAUUUCCACUAUUGGCUGGGCUUUAGCAUUCUUUUAGUGUAAUAGCACCUCCUUACAGGGUACUGGACAUAUACAUAUAAUUUAGUAGAUGUGUUAAGGUGUAAUUUAACUCAAGUUUUAAUCAUUCAGAUGUAAUUAAAGUAUUUACAU